UCUGCCCAGAGACUCCAAAAGCAGGCAUGUUUGGUGCUAACCUCACCACCUUCCACCCCACUGUGUUCAUCCUCCUUGGCAUCCCAGGACUGGAGAACUACCAUACCUGGCUUUCCAUCCCUUUCUGCCUCAUGUACAUCACUGCAGUCUUGGGAAAUGGAGCCCUCAUCCUUGUUGUCUUCAAUGAACGCACCCUCCAUGAACCCAUGUAUGUCUUCCUAUCCAUGCUUGCUGGCACUGACAUCUUGCUGUCCACCACCACUGUGCCCAAGGCCCUGGCUAUCUUCUGGUUUCAUGCUGGGGAGAUUGCCUUUGAUGCCUGCAUUACUCAGAUGUUUUUCAUCCAUGUUGCCUUUGUGGCUGAGUCAGGAAUCCUGCUGGCCAUGGCAUUUGACCGCUAUGUGGCUAUUUGUACUCCCUUAAGAUACACAGCUAUUUUAACUCCCAUGGCGAUUGGAAAAAUGACCCUGGCAAUCUGGGGACGGAGCAUUGGGACAAUUUUCCCUAUCAUAUUCCUGCUGAAGAGGCUGCCAUACUGUCGGACCAAUAUCAUCCCCCACUCAUACUGUGAGCACAUUGGGGUGGCUCGAUUGGCCUGUGCUGACAUCACUGUCAAUAUCUGGUAUGGCUUCUCAGUGCCCAUGGCAUCAGUUUUGGUAGAUGUUGCACUCAUUGGUAUUUCCUACACUUUGAUCCUCCAAGCUGUGUUUAGACUUCCUUCCCAGGAUGCCCGGCACAAGGCUCUAAAUACCUGUGGUUCCCAUAUUGGAGUCAUUCUCCUCUUCUUCAUCCCAUCCUUUUUCACUUUCCUGACCCAUCGCUUUGGCAAGAAUAUCCCCCAUCAUGUCCAUAUACUUCUGGCAAAUCUCUAUGUGUUAAUCCCUCCCAUGCUUAAUCCCAUCAUCUAUGGAGCAAAGACCAAGCAAAUCAGAGACAGUAUGGCUCACAUGUUAUCUAUUGUGGGAAAGUAUUGAGAAAGCUCCUAGUUCCUUCACUGUUUCCUCUUACCAGCAGGUGAAAAGAGAACUUACCAAUCAAGUUCCCAGCUUAGGCACUAUAGUGUGUUGCAGCAGAAAGUACAUGGGGUUUGAAAUAAAAUGCAUCUGGAUUCAAAUCCUGACUUCUUUAAUUUCUGAUUUUUGACCAUGGAUAGUUUCACAUUUUUUUGAAAUUUAGUUUUAACCUAUAAAAUGAA